UGAACUGGAACAGCCGGACGCCAUAUUGAAUUCGAACGGGGAAUUCCCGAAGUGUUUUCCGGAAACGUCAAACUCUGCUACACGAAAAGAGAACUGCGUUCAUUGGAGAGAUAGAAUUAGGUUUGCCUUAGUAUUGACAGUGAGGAUAUAGAAGACGAGAUGGAGAGCCUGUUUGGACGCCGCCAGUUCAGCAUGCAAGCCAUGACUGACUUCAGCCACCUAGAGAAGCGUGUGCAGGACCACCUGAAGAAUGUCUACACCUGCCUGUUCAUAGCCAUGUUUGCGGCUGCCGGGGGAUCCUUCCUCCAUCUGUACCUCAGGUUUAUGCUGCCCAGCUUGAUAACAGUGAUUGGGAGCAUCGGGCUCAUGCUAUGGCUGGCUGCCACCCCCCACACCAAACAAAACUUCACUAAGAGGAUGGCCAUUCUGGGAGGCUUUGCCACACUGACAGGUAUGUCCCUGGGCCCUCUGAUGGACUAUGUGAUCAGGCUGGACCCAAGUAUCAUCCCCACAGCCUUCAUGGGCACGUGUGUCAUCUUCGGCAGCUUCUCUCUGGCGGCACUUUUCUGUCGCAGCAGAACUUUCCUCUACCUGGGUGGUGCCUUGAUGUCUGGAAUGAUGUGGCUGUUUUUCCUGUCUCUGCUCAACAUCUUCUUGGGAUCACAGCUCAUCUUUGAUGUGACCUUGUACCUUGGCCUGCUCAUCUUCUGUGGCUUUGUGCUCUUUGACACUCAGCUGAUCGUGGAGAAAUGCCGUAACGGUGACGAUGACUUCAUCUGGCACUCUGUGGACCUUUUCCUGGACUUCAUCAAUCUAUUCCGCAAACUUCUCAUCAUCCUCUCCAGCAAGGAAGAAAAAAAGAGGAGCAACAGAAACUGAACAUUGAUUCAAGAAAAUUUAGUUUGAUUUGCAAAACACCACAAAUUUGUGUUAAACAGAUUUCUUUUGAUUUCUUUUCCUGCCGUUUUUUUUGUUUUUUUUUUUGUUUUUUGACUAGUGGAGUAAAUUUCAAGUUCUACAAACUUCCACAGAAAAGCACAUUCAUAUUACUCAACUUAAAUUUAAUAACCUAACUGAAACGUUUAUUUUACUAACAUUUGUGGAUAUAUAUAUAUGAUUUGAACAGAAGCCUGUUUUGGGGAUUAUAGUGAGAAUAUUGCUAUGCAAAAAAUCAUUUCUCAAACUGGUAAACAGCGUAAUAUUCCUGUAUUUUUCAUCUGUCUGAAUGAGUGGGGACAUGUCCAUGUGCUUUAGCUUUUACAGCCUAAAACACUGAUUUUAAUAUCAGAAAGAAAAUGGCCAACUUGAAAGUGAUUGUGUGUACUCACUUGCCAUGCACAGAAAAGAAACCAAAUUUUGGCCUGAUGCCAUCAGAUGUUUUGUUGCUUUUGUGAUCAGCCAUGUUCUCUUAUUUCAUAUGUAGAUGAUGUAGUACACAUUGUUGAAUGUUUAUUCUGCAAUUAAAUGUUUGGUUGCAUUGGUAAAGUUGUAAUUGUUUUGAAAAAGAAUUCAGGCUGACAUGUAGACUGACUGUCGUACCUUUAGAAGAGUUGCCCCUAUUGAAAGGUGUCAUGAAAAGUUAAGGAUUACUUGUACAAGGACAUACCUGAGCUAUGAAAGUGGCUAAGGCAAAAAUAGUUGAAGUGAAGAAGAAACAAAGAAGUUUGAAGUUUGAGAGAUAUGUAUGUUCUUGACAUAGAAUCCCUUUGAGUAUUCCUUCUGUUUAUUCAGUGCAUAUUAAGCUGCUCUUAGAACUCGAAGUCACUCAUGUUUUGUAUUUUUUUUUUUUUUUUUGUACCGGAGUACAAUGAAAGAGAACCUGAAAGCAGCAAAUGUCUCUGGUAGAAACAUCAGUUAACGUUUUUGGCUGUGUUUCUUAUGGAGUGAUUGUAUGGGAGAGUGAUCCUGUUUUGCUGAAUUUAAAUCCGUCUCUUUGUACAACUGCUACCUGUAUAGGGGUAUGUGGCUGUGAAGUCAGUAUUCAGUCAAUGCUUUCAGGGAUUUGGGUUUUUAACGGAACAUAAUGAACAGGACACCUAGAUUAGUACAGGAGCUGGAUAAUGUUCCAUGGUUAGAGAGGACUUUUAGAUUAAUUCUCUGCUCAGUCUGAACACUUUGAGCCUUAAACAUGUUCUGCUACAGUCUUGAACACAUCCAGCUGUAGUCUUAAACAUGUCCUGCUGUAGUUCUAAACAUGUUCUGCUAUAGUUCUAAACACGCUCUGUUACAUGUGAAUUUGUACUGGUGUUGGUUCUUGUAGACAACAUUGUGUUGCUUUCUGUUGGUUCUUUCAUAGCUUACCAGGUAUUUGUGUGUGUAAUUAGAAACAGAUAUCUCUAUUGUAUAUGGUUAAUACAGCCUUCAUGUUAAUCUUUACGCAGUACUCUGCAUGUAUUGUAAGCAUAGUAACAGAUGUACCCAAAACAAGGCCCUCUUUUAGAGCACUUUAAAAAUGAACGAAACCUAAUUUUUUUAUAAUCAAAAUUAUACAAGAAACAUUUUAGUCUGUAAUUUGUGAAAUGAAUCCAGUGGUGUUUUUUUUUGUUUUGUUUUUUUUCUUUAUUAUUAUUUUUGUGUUUUUUUUUUAAACAUAAUAGUUUAAUAACUAAGCAGUAGAUUUAUAGCUAACCAAACCAGUCUUUUGUUUAUGGAUUGUAAACAAAUUAAACUUGGUAAAUUUGGUGUUAACAGCUUAACUUCAGCCAAGCAUCCUUAUCAUUAUUCAUCUACAUCAACGCCACCUGGUGGUCUGAUGGUAAAGGUGCAUAACUCUGAUGCUCAUUCUAAUCAUCUUACUGGGAAAAGAACGGCUGAUAUUUUGUAUUUGGAAAACUAAUUGUAGAUUUUGGUAACUUGGUGUAAGUAUUUUGUUACUCCAGACUAAUACUUGUUAAAUUUUAAUAUCACAACACUAAGAAAUUCUCUUUAUAGUGAAACAGCCGAUUAUAUGUUUACAAUAAAACAGAAAAAAAGUACAAGUUGUUUUGUUGUUUUC